UCCUAAGAGGGACCCCACACGGGAGCCGAGUGCCUGACACCAAGAUUCCCUGGAACUGUGAGGCCUGGAGAUGAACAGGGUUUUGAAUUCCAUUUGAGCAGGCCUGGAUCCCUCUUCCCUUGUCUCUGACUGCCUUCUUCGUUGUUUUUGGCCAGGUUUUGAUUUUGGGAAGCCAUUUACAGCCCAUUAAAAGAUCAAAUGUCUGGAUAUGAUGAAUCGAGGCAUUUGAAAAUGUUUUGCAAUUCACAGCUCAUUUCCCUAUAGAAAACCCCGACCCGGCGUGAUUUCGAGAUGGCUGGACUGCCUGUCUGUUCCAGGCCGACAGGGGCGGAUGUUGGGAUGGAGCACUGUCCUUGGUUUGGUGCAUCCCCAAGAGAGUCAGGCUGGAUGCCUGAGAUGGCACUGAUGCUCCCUGGUAGAGAUGAAGGAAGGGCCCAGACUACUGACAUCUUGCAUAAUUUCCAGACCAAUCUGGCAGAGGCAGGAGUGGAGGUUUGUGCUGGGGAGGUGGGACCCUGCUGAUCCUCUGGGCUAAAAGACUGGAUUCCCUUCCCAGCUCAGCCUCAAGUUUGAGCUACAGACAGUGAGGUUUAACUGCCCACUACUUCUCGCAGCUGCAAAAUGGGAAGGCACUGGUGCCAUCACACCGUGACGCGGACAGUGUCCUGCCAGGUGCAGAACGGCUCAGAGACAGUGGUCCAGCGUGUGUACCAGAGCUGCCGGUGGCCCGGGCCCUGUGCGAACCUCGUGAGUUACAGGACUCUGAUCAGACCCACAUACAGAGUGUCCUACCGCACGGUGACAGCACUGGAGUGGAGAUGCUGCCCUGGCUUCACCGGGAGCAACUGUGAGGAGGAAUGCAUGAACUGUACCCGGCUCAGCGACAUGAGUGAGCGGCUAACCACGCUGGAGGCCAAGGUUCUCCUGCUGGAAGCAGCAGAGCAGCCCGCAGGCCCGGGCAAUGACCUGCCGGUCCCCCAGAGCACCCUGCCGCCCUGGAACGAGGACUUCCUCCCCGAUGCCAUCCCCCUCGCCCACCCGGGGCCCCGAAGGAGAAGGCCCACGGGCCCAGCUGGGCCCCCGGGGCAGACGGGACCGCCAGGGCCUGCAGGUCCACCAGGCUCCAAAGGUGACCGGGGCCAGGCGGGAGAGAAGGGCCCAGCAGGACCUCCUGGGCUCUUGGGGCCGCCAGGGCCCCGCGGGCUUCCUGGAGAGAUGGGGCGCCCUGGCCCCCCCGGCCCCCCUGGCCCAGCAGGCAGCCCGGCCUUCCCUCCAAACAGCCCCCAGGGCGUCCUCUACUCCCUGCAGCCUCCGACGGACAAGGGCGACGGAGACUCACAGCUGGCUUCUGCUGCUGUGGACACAGUGCUGGCCGGCGUCCCAGGGCCCCGGGGCCCCCCCGGCCCUCCAGGUCCCCCUGGGCCACAUGGUCCCCCAGGACCCCCAGGUGUACCCGGAUCUCAGGGCCUGGCUGGAGAGCGGGGCAUGACGGGACCAGCUGGUGAUCCUGGCGGGAAGGGGCAAGAGGAGGACAAAGCUGCUGCCGAGGGUGAGGGGGUGCAGCAGCUGCGGGAGGCCCUGAAGAUCCUGGCAGAGAGAGUCCUCAUCCUGGAGCACAUGAUUGGGAUCCAUGAUCCCUUGGCCUCCCCCGAGGGGGGCUCUGGCCAAGACGCUGCCCUGAGAGCCAACCUGAAGAUGAAGCGUGGUGGCUCCGCGCCCGACGGCCCCCUCGCGGCCCUGCUUGGCCCCGACUCUGGGCAGAGGAGCGCUGGCCGGGCCGGCGGCGGGCAGUAAGAGGCCGGCUCUCCAGGACAAGGCCCGGCUCUGCCAGAGACCCAACCCUGAGGCCUGUGUUGGCGUGCUGGCUCCUGAAGACACCCCAAGCGGGACUGGGCUCCAGGCACCGACGAUUGUGCGGGACACUGGCUCCCAGGGGGGACUUGGGGACAGAUGGCAAGUCCAGAGGCAGAGUCCAGAGGGCCCUAGCACCCUUGGCGGGCCCCUUCCUGGUCCCUGCCCUCCCCACCCUCACUUCUGCAGGAGACGGGAUCUGGGUGGGCUGGGUGGGGCGUGAGAAUAAUCCUAAUACUCAUCAUUUACUGAGUCCAGGCCUGUCCAAGGAGCUUUCCCUGCAUUGUCUCAUUUAACCCUUAGGAGGUAGGCUUGUUAUCCCCACUUUUCACGGGGGGGACGGAGGCACGGUGAGUCUAAAUCACCUGCCGAGGCCCCCUGGUUCCUUAACCCUCGACCCUGCCAGCUUCCUGUCUUCACAGGGGAGCUGAGUGGGCGCAGGGCCAUGGGGAGGCUGGACCGGUCCACAGGGAAGAAAGGCAGGGUCCUGGGCCUCCUUCCUCGACCCCCUCCCCAGGGCUCAGGGUCUGCUCAGGGUCUGGCAGUGUGUGGCCUGCAGCUGCUCUCAGAGGCCUGGGAGACCCUGAAUAAACACAUGACAGUCCCACGGACUUGGGGACAGUGAGAGAGGAGCACCGGGGUGCAGAGGCCUUCGUACUAAAUGGGCAUCGCCCACCAGUGCCUCCCAGUUUCAGAACCCACCCAGGCCUGCCCCUGAGCCAAGAGCAGGGAGGGUUUACUGGGAAGGCCAUCCCUUGCAGCCUUGCCCUCUCUGGAAAUCUAUAGGGUUGGCCAUUUCUGGCAUCGUACAGCAAGUCCCAUGUCCCCUUGACAAACUAGAGAUAGGACAGCCACCCGAGUCCCAGGCCCUGCUGGGGGAGAUGCUGUGGGCCCAGGCCAGGGACCCCAGAGCAGCUUAAACCACAGGCCUCAGGGUCCCUCAGGCCACAGGUCCCCUGUGAGCCGGGCCAGCCCUGGUGCUCCUCUCUUGUUGGGCCAGGGCCUGGUCUCCACAGCAAACUCAGAGAUUUUGGUGCUACCCUGGCUCAUGUCUCCCCUCAGGGCAGGAGCCGUCUGUCCCCAGUGUCCAUGGUGUUCUCUGGAGCGGGUGGCCUGGUCCUGCCAGGCCCUGGUGACCUCCCCCUGCCGUCCAGGCCCCGGUGCCCCGUGAGAGGCAGGACUGGCCUGGGGCCCGAGGUGUGGUGGUCAGAGGCGGGCGGGAAGUCUAUAAUGCUCUGACAAUAAAGGUGCUCUCCCCAC